AUGUCAGCAACAAAUCAAGCUAUGGCACAGGCACUGUCAGGAACUGCUCAAGGAACAGAACCGGAACAAGAACAAAACUUCAACUUUUCAGAUUAUCUUCAAGGGAAAAGAUCGAAGAACCGUAAAACCAUGGCAAUCGUCUCCGCAUUGCUAAUCAUAUUUGGUACAUUCAUCCUUUUCAAAAUCUAUGAAAGCUCUAUCGUGCCCGAAAUUGAAUCUUCUCCGCUUGAGCUCCGCUUAUACACCCAUAAUAUUCGGAAUGAUAACCCUUAUCCAGACAAAGGUGAACACCCAUGGACUGAGCGCAGGAAUUUGGUUGCUUCUUCCAUUAGAUUUCAUACGGAGAACACCGGAUCAAGCGUAGUGGGCUUACAAGAAGUACUUUACAAUCAAUUAGAAGAUGUCUUGAACAUUUUGAACUAUGAAAAUGAAAAAGGUGAUUGGACAUAUUAUGGAAUUGGACGUGAAGAUGGUAAAAAAAAGGGAGAAUUUGCGCCUAUUCUCUACAAACAGUCUGAAUGGUCAAUCAUUGGGAAUAGAACAUUUUGGUUGAGCGAGACCCCAGAUGUUCCAAGUAUUGGCUGGGACUCUGCCUUGGAACGUAUUGUGACCAUGGUCACCUUAAAGUCAAAGAAUUCGCAGGGAACAAUCGUGAAUGUAUUCAAUACUCAUUUUGACCACAUUGGUGUCGUUGGUCGUAAGAACUCGGCGAAACUCAUUGUCGAUCGCAUGGAGAACUAUAAUAAUUAUCCUUCGUUCCUCUUGGGUGACUUUAAUACACUUCCUACGGACGAGCCUUACCAAGUACUUAAGAAGCAUGGCAUUAAGGAUAGUAGAACACUUGCAACCAAGGAGCAAUCUUAUGGCCACAGCUCUACAUUUACUGGAUUUGAUAUUGAUGACGAAAAAUCUGGUAUUAUUGACUAUAUUUGGGCUCCUUCGUAUUCAACAAAUAACAGAACUAUCGAUACUCCUAAAAACAAAACAACUGACAUAUCAAUCAAGAGCUUUGGAGUUCUCCAUUCGCAUUUUGGAUUUCAUCUGAGUGACCAUCGCCCAGUUGUAGCUCUAUACGAAUUGAAUAGAUUCUAG